UAUUCAAAAACAAUUUUGUAUUGGAUAUGGUUAAAACUGUGAGUUUUUACUAGCAGUAAAGUGUUAGAAUGGCUGAUCGACUAACACAGUUACAAGAUACAGUUAAUCAGCAAGCCGAGCAUUUUUGCAACGCUAUUGGAAUCAUACAACAAACUUCUUACCCGAGCAAAUUUACGAAUUUUGAACGAACUGGUUCACAGACGCCAAAGCAAAAUGCUACCUUAGAUGACUUCGCCCAACUUUUUUCUCAACUAAUAUCUAGAUGUGCCAAGGAUAUCGACACUUUAAUUGAAUCAUUGCCUAACGAGGACAGUUCGAAUGAGCUACAGAAUCAAAGUCUGAAGCGUCUUGAAGUUGAGAAUCAGGAGGCUGCUGAACAAUUGGAAAAUAUCGUUAAAUCCGGGGAUCACAUGCUAGCAAAAAUUCAGUCAGCCUUAGAAGAUAUCGCAAUUGCACAGAACGUACUGGUACGAAACUAUUAUCUAUAAUAUGUUUGGUAACAUGAUUGUUUCUACUUUCAAUUA